CUCGCGCUUGUGCAAAAAAACGUUUCAUGCAUGGAUGCUGACCUCAUUCGAGCGUCUGGUGGUCAUUGUCUGCUAUGGGCAGUACGAAAUGAUCACUCCCAUAUGGCAAGUCAGCUCCUUCUGAAUGGUGUUGAUCCAAAUCACAAAGACAGGAACGGUGCCACAGCGCUUGCUGUAGCAAUCAAAAAGGAUAACGAACCAUUGGCCCGGACCUUACUUGAAUCAGGCGCCAAUCCAAAUUUGGAAGACAGGAUCGGCCGCACGGCUUUAUCAUGGGCACUUUUUCAGCAAAGUGAGGAGUUGGUUUUACUCUUGCUCAAGCACAAAGUCGAUUUAAGCAUGAACAUUACAGGUUUCUGGAGACGCUGGAAAAAGGAAGGGCGCGAUGAAUAUUUUAUAUUGGAAGAAGACUGGAGCAGACGAAAGUCGCCAUUGGAGCUUGCUGUUUGCAGCAGCGAAAAUGUCAUCGCAGCUUUCUCACAAUAUGCAGGGUGGUCACCUGCAAAUUAUGAGGCUUCUCUGCUCCAGGCCGUCCGCACGAGGAAAGUCGCCGCCAUCAGGCUCUUACUUGAGAGAAGCCUCGACAAAGAUAUGAUCUAUAAUCCGCUACGAGAAGCAAUUCUUGACAAGCAGGACGACACCGUCAAAAUACUGCUCAACGAUGGCCUUGGUCAGCACUAUAUAGUUGACGAAGACGGCACGAAGCUUAUGUUUACAGCCGCAUGCACAGGCCUUAAGGACGUCGUCAAAUUUAUGCUUGAUAAAGGUGCUGACUGCAACUGUCGUCUGACGAACAACAUAAAGAAGUGGAAAACGGGAUCAGGAUUGUUUCGCCCGGACUGUGUCCCUUACGGUGUCCAACCAGCCUCUGUUAUUGAUCGCCGCACAAUACGGACACGAAGCGAUAGUCAAUCUAUUACUUGACUAUGGUGCCAAUCCCAGCCUGAAAAGUGACGACGGUGACUGUCCAUUGCGGGGAGCGAUCAGAUGGCGUCGUCA